AUGGCGACCUCCACUAUGAACCGCGAGUCGUGGGACUCUCUUACCUCUACCUUCACCAAUCUCGAGGUGUCUUUCUCACAAGACAGCUGCUAUGGCUCCGAUGAAGUUUCGGUCACGUCGAACAACGCUGCUCCGCUGCAGUCAAGCGUCACGGCCUAUCAGAUCAAGCGGUCCCAGCCCGAUCUACAACCUUUCUUGAAGUCGAUCCUCAAGAACCCGCGCACGGAGGAAGAAUCCGAAUCUGAUUCCGAGUCCGAGUCCGGCUACGGAUCCGAUGAGAAUGAUUCCGAGUAUGACGCUCUUUCCGACGAAGAAAAUGACGAAGAAGACUCCAAUGAUGACAUGUCCGAUUUUUCCGUCUGGGAGGAGACCUCCCAGAAUGUCCCUGAGACUCAGCAGGACCACACGGAUUCUUUCGACGAUUCGUUCAUCGGAUUUGAGCCCGCUGUUCAAUUCAACACUACCGUCCAGUACUUCGACGCCCCUGAGUAUUAUUCCGACGACGAAGAAGAGGGCUCGGAUUCCCAAAUGACGGUCCAUGAAAUGAUGCUUCUUUCGCUGCAAUCUGGCGGCUCCCAGGGUUCUUCUCUUCAAACCGAUGCAGAUGACAUGUUCGAUGAUGGAUACGAGCACAACGAGGUCGUUCAACCAUCUGUCUGUGAGCUAGAGGAGUACACACGGGAAGGUUUUGAUCUCGAUUGCAACCUAUUUGUUGCUUUGAUGAACGGGAUUCAUGGCAUUUCGGACCAGAAGUACAAGAGUUAUCUUCGUGUCCAAGUCGACAACAUCCGUCUCGGUCAACAGGCUGAGCCUAUGCAUCCCGACGACCCCCCUUACAUGUACCUCGACUCGAUCGUCACUCACGUCAUCGGAAUCUUCCGCAACCUCCUCGAGGUCGAUGAGUUCGAUUCUCUUAUUUCAUUGCGCGAGCACGAUAUCGCCGAUUCUCACGCACAGCAAAGUGGCUCCGAUCAACCCUCUGGCUAUUACCAAGCCCUGCUCGAUCAUACUGAGCAGUAUCUUUUUGAGCGACUGGCAAUCGGUCGGGUCGAAGUCGACCCGGAUGAACUCAGUUUUUUGGCCGGAGGGAUCGUGCAUGCCCUGGGCACCGACCAACUACCGGCAUCGACACCAGCUUAA